AUGCAAAUGCGUAUAGCCAUACAAAUUUCGAAAGAACUUGAUGAACUUAUUUCAGACUGUUGGCAAAGUGGAAUAUAUGCACCUCCUGCCUUUUAUAUGCCUGCAGUGUCUACUGGAAAUAUAUUUUUACCGUAUAGUGGAAGCUUUCCUCUUCCACUUUAUUCUCCUUUUCCCAGAUUUGUCACUACUGAUCAAUUCACUACAGAAAACUCGCCUUAUCAACCACGAAAAUUAUUUAUUGGUGGUUUGAAUCAUGAAACUACCGAUCAAGAUUUGCACAACUUUUAUAGUCAGUGGGGAGACGUUGUGGAUUGCAUCGUUAUAAGAGAUCCCCAGACCAAAUGUUCACGCGGUUUUGGAUUUGUAACUUUUGCUUCAGUACAUAUGGCAGAGGCUGCUAUGGCGAAUAAACCUCAUAUAAUCAAUGGAAAACUAGUCGAUUCCAAACCAGCUAUACCUCGUGAGCAAAUGUCGGGACUCCUCAUUAAUAAUCUUCCUCCAUUUUUAGAAGGAGAUAUUGAGCCAGAACCUGGUUGCAAACUAUUUUUAUCAGGGAUUUAUAGUAGUAAACAUUCUGUUGAUAUACUUAGGAGGUAUUUUGCGAAAUUUGGCACUGUGGAGCAAAUCGAAGUUCUUGGUAAUCCAAAAGGCUUUGGAUUUGUUAUUUUUGAACAUAAAAGCGAAGCUGAUAGUUGUCUCGCAGAAGGAAAAGUUCACAAUAUAAAUGGUUAUAAAUGUGAAGUGACGGUUUGUUUCUCUUAUUGUUUUUCAUAUGCUGUUGAAUUAUCUGAAAGAAAAUUUUAA